AUGACUGGCCAAAUCACCUGCUCAUCCUCUUUCUUCCACCUUCACCUUCGCAGAAGGCACUUUCUCAUUGUUAAACAAAUCCAUAUAGUUAAGCCUACUUGUACAUGUCCAAACAACAGUCAAGAAUUUGCAUACGUGAUUGUCCAAAUCAAUGUGAAUUCUCAAUUGGAAAAAAAAGGUUAAACUAAUUCGACUAAUAAGUCAAGGAUGCGAAUUCUCACACUAGGUCUUGUGUUAUAUAACUCCCAAAUCCACCAAUGACCAAACUCAACCAUCUUUCAUUCUUUUCUCCCACAACUUUCCAAAACCAUGAUCCCCUCCAAAUUGUCUCUUCUACUUGUCCUUCUCUCCAUCCAAAUUACCACCACGGUCCUCGCACAAUCACCCGAUCCCGUUUACCUCACCCAUGUUUGCCCCAACGCAACAAGCUUCCCUCCAAACUCCACCUUCGGCUCCAACCUCAACCUCCUCCUCUCCAACCUCUCCGCCGCUGCCGCCAACGGCGAAGGCUUCCACUACGCCGAAUCCACCGCCGGAAACGACUCCUCCUCCGCCACCUACGGGCUCUACCUCUGCCGCGGCGACAUCACCCCGAAGGAGUGCCAAAACUGCAUCGACUUCGCCACCACCGACACCCUCAACCACUGCCCGAACCAAAAAACCGCCAUCGUAUGGUACGACCGGUGCCUGGUCCGUUACUCGAACCGGUCGGCCUUCUCGGUCCAGCCGGACACGUUCAUGCUCUACAACACCCGCAACGUGUCCGAACCCGACCGGUUCAACGAGCUGCUCGGUCGGGUGAUGAACGAGAUCGUGGCCGAGGCGGCUAAUGGAGAGGCCAAGAAGUUCGCCACGAAGGGCGUCGAGUUGUCGGCUUUUCAGUCGCUUUACACGCUGGCUCAGUGUACGGAUGACUUGUCCGAGGAGAAUUGCGAUCGGUGCUUGAGGACUUGUUUGAGCUUGCUCCCGAGUUGUUGUGGCGGGAAGCAGGGCGGGAGGGUUCUGCUUCCCAGCUGUAACAUUAGGUACGAGGUGUACCCUUUCUAUGAGGGAGCUGCUGUCGCGACAGCAGCUCCGCCAUAUGGGGAGCUGGCGAGUUCGCCAUCUCCGUCUCCGGUGGAAACAACGUGGACCGAUGAUCAAGGUAUGUUGUGAAUUAUGGUUGUUGUAAGUAGUUUAAUGUAUAUAUAUAUAUAGGUCAAAAUGUUCUAUUAUAUAUUUCAAAUAUUUUUAUUGAGAUAUAUCUAUUUAGAUAAUGAUUUAAACCGAAUUUGGAGUAUAGUACUAUACCUUAACCUUAAAUAAAUAAAUUCCGGGCAUCAAUUUUCUAAAUCCAAACCCGAAGGUCCAUCUAAUGCAAAUUAAUAAUAAAAAAACUCUAACUCAUCGAAUUACAAUAAAGAAUACUCUUAUAUGAUAUACUUCUAAAAGACACCCAUCAUUAAUUACCAUAUAUAUAUAUAUAUGGGGAGUUCUACGGUACCCAGGGUGAAAUCCGGGGUACCGCAUACCUUGAGUAAGAAAAUGCUAUCCAGAACUUGAAUUCACUGAUCUUUCGGACAUGGUACUAUAAUCUAACUCUUAAAGAUCAAAAUCUAGGUCUUAAUUCUCUAAACCUUGUACCCCAAGAUCAAUUUAAUUAGAAUUAAUAAUCGACGGUUAUGAUUCGUCCAAAUAUAAGCAACAAAACAAUGCACCAUCUUAGGGUUUAUAGUUUAUGAUUUAGAUAAUUAGGACCUAGGGUUCACUCAUUAAGGGUUAGGGUAUAAUAUCAUGCCCAGAAAUCCUGCUAAUUCGAGGUCUAGAUAACGUUUUCAUACUCAAGGUAUGCGGUACCCCAGAUUUCACCCGGGGUACCGUAGAAGGCACCAUAUAUAUAUAUAUAUAUAUAUAUAUUUUGUUAGUGGUAUCAUCGUAUAUCUACCUUGGAUUUUCUUAUACCGUUUGGUCCGUUUCAUUGGUAGUUUAAUGUGAUUAACAUUAUAGUUUAGCUUAGUGCCACUACUUUUUUAGGGAUUAGUGGUGAAGUUGUUGGAAGUCUGACAAUUGACGACAAACUAGAACAACCCCAUCAACUAUCAAUUCAAAUGGGAGAAGGUAAAACCAAAAAAUUUAGUUAUAUUUUGUCAACAUAUCCAUGACUUUCAUCUCUCACUAGUGGGAUAAACUAAUUAAAGACGC